AUGGGGAGCCUCUAUAUAGGGACGACCCCCGAAGGGGAUGAUAUAUUUGGCGGCUGCUUCGCGGGGGUCGAUGAUGUUCCUGACCUGGACGCAUCACUCAUUUUUGAUGAGGCUCAGCGGCUUUUGAACCAAGCUACGACGCUCCAUCGAGAAGUGUCCUCCAAAUACAGAGCUGAGCUGGCCCGAUGUGAGGCUGAUCUCAAACAGAUUACGGAGGAAAGAGAUGCCAUCAAACUCCUCUAUGUUCAGCAAAUGGCCGAAUUGGUUGAGCAACUUUGUGAGGAGGCCAAGAUGAAAGAGGCAGAGACUUUGGGGUGGAAGCAAAACAUGGAUCGUCUCGCCUCGGAGAAAGAUGCGGAGGAGAACUUGGCCCGAGCCCAGAAGGUUGAAGAGCUCGAGACUCGGUUGGCCGCUGAACUUGCAAGGGCCACAUCCGAGGCAGAGGCGCUUGUGGCCUCUUACCGAGCUGACGCUGAAGCCGCUAACACUCGGGUAAAGGAAAUUUCUGAUGCUACUGAGGUUAGAUUGUCCCGUGUUGCCGAGCAUGCUAGGCGCCAGUCUCAUAGAGAGACUCUUGAGGAGAAUGAGGCCAGAUCUUUGCUUUCUGAUGAUGAAGACUCUGCGAGUGGAUCCGAGAACGGAGGAGAUGAAGAUGAAGCUCCCAAAGAUGCGGCUCCCGAGGCGAACUAG